AUGCCUCUCGACAUAAUUGUGGUAGGCGCCGGCAUAGCAGGUCUUUCAGCUGCAAUAGGCCUGGCUCGCACUGGUCACAAUGUCACAGUCCACGAGCGACGGGAUUCCACAAAACGGGAAGACAGCGGCAGUGGCAUACAGAUCCAGCCGAACGUCGUACAAAUACUGGAUGACUGGGGAUUGAUGCCGGAGAUACGAAAAGUUGCACACGACCCAGAGCUCGUGGAUUUACGAACGUACAACGAAGGCAGUGUCGCAAAACAGGAUUACCGACCACUCGGUCCAGCUCCCUUCGGUCUACGUCGUGUGCUGAAAGACAUCUUCCGUGACCACGCCAUCCAGCAAAGCGUCAAGAUCUGUGAAGGCCAAGGGAUCGAUCAUGUGGACGUCGAUCAUCACGCUAUAAUCCUUUCUGACGGUCGAACUGUCACUGCAGGUCUGGUCCUCGGCGCCGAUGGCUCUAAUUCGCGAGUUCGCAAGACUCUGUUCCCGGACUCCAAGCCCACGGUGCUGGAGCAAUGUGCCUUUCAGGUCCUGGUCCCUCUCAACAAAGUCCAACAAGACCCCGAGAUGCGCGAAAUCCUAGAUGAGCAACACGUAAUCAUUAUAUCAUCUCCAGGCCGCAGCGUUUUCGCAUCGCCUGCGCCGUACCAUGACUUAAUGGUCAUUCAAUUUGUUGACCAUGAGUAUCCUUUAGAGGGAGAUCCACACCCAGACCAGCAUAACAUGAAGAUCAAGGACCUGACGUGA